CUAAAACGUUCACAUCACAUGACUGGAACAUUCUUCCUCAUGACACAGUGAAUCUGCAGCCAGACACUGAACGAACGUCGUAACUCCAUUUAUAACUUACAGACAGUCGUAUAAACGCACAGAUACGCGCUGAUAGUCUUCUGUACGCAGGCUUUAGUACGUAGUGUUCAGCGCUCGGAGUUUAACGCUUCUUCUGACAGACGUCAGUACAGACUGUGGCAUGAUGGUCAAACGGUGUUACGCUGCAGGUGUCUGCUGGACUCUUCUGAUGGGGUGUGUGUUUGCGGCUCAUGCUGUGUCGUUUGAGGUGACUGAUGGAAACUCCACCUGCAUUAAAGCUGAACUCAGCGCCAACUUCAGCAUCUCCUACAACACCACCAAUGGAACGAGUGUGGUGAGUUUUGCGCUACCGUCCUCCGCAGUGGUGGGAAGCAGCAGUUCCUGCGGAGCCGGUGAUGUUCCUCCAGAGCUGGUGGUGUCGUUCGGUGCAGGUCACGCUCUGGCUCUCGUGUUCUCCAGCGACGGAUCGCUGUACCGGGUCACCAACAUGAGCCUGCAGUACAAUCUCAGUGACACCGCCACCUUUCCACAAUCCUCCAGCUCAAGAAUUGUGUUGGUGAUGACAAACGUGUCGGAGAUCUCUGCGAGGAUGAACAGCACUUACAGGUGUCUGAGCUCCAUGCCCGUCAGUCUGAGCAACGAGGUCAACAUCACCUUCUCAGGUGUUCGCAUGGAGGCAUACAUGAACGGAGCAAACCUCAGCUCAAACGAGAGUGUUUGCAGUGCUGAUCAGACGGUUACGACCGCUGCCCCGACUCUAUCACCCAGAACCACCGUUGCUCCAUCACCUGUCCCACUGCCCACACCAGAGCGUGGAAACUACACCAUCACCAAUGGGAAUGGCACUGCAUGUCUGUUGGCGCUCAUGGGGCUGCAGCUCAACAUUACGCACCACUCAAAGUCUCUGAACAAGACCAUCAGUGAGGUCAUGAACCUGCAGCCCAACAGAACCACAGCCUCGGGGUCAUGUGGGGUCCCGAGGGCCACGCUGGUGCUGUCUGAGGAUCUCACCAACCUCACCUUCACCUUCACACUGAACCUGACCACACAGAAGUUUUAUCUGAGUGCUGUGAAUGUCUCGGCCUUCUGGCCUGACAUGACAGAUAGGUUUGUGGAGGAAAAUGGCUCCCUGAACUUCCUGCAGUGCAGCGCGGGCCGCUCGUACAUGUGCAGUGCGGAGCAGAAGCUUGCUGUGGUGCCCACCUUCUCCAUCAACACCUUCAGACUGCAACUGCAGCCUUUCAACGUCACUGCAAACCGCUUUGCUGCAGCGGAGGAGUGUCGUAUGGAUCAGGAGAACAUGCUCAUCCCCAUCAUCGUGGGAGCAUCUCUGGCCGGUCUGGUGCUGAUCAUCCUCAUCGCGUAUCUGAUCGGCAGGAAGAGGACACACGCCGGAUACCAGACCAUCUGAUUGUCUUUAUCAUCAUCAUCAUUCUCAGUCUUCACUGUGAUCAAACUGCAGCUGGACACACUGGAGUGAGAGUGAGUGUUUGUUGUAAGGUCAGAGGUCAGCUGCAGCGGUCACUCGUAUGUGUUUCGGUGUGGUGAGGUCAGCUGCAGAAGCAUUAGUGUGUGUGUGUGUGUGUGUGUGUGUGUGUGUGUGUGUGUGUGUGUGUGGUCUGUUAUGAAUGAUUGAAUGUGUUUGUGUGAAUGAUGAUUGCUUGAGUUCAGACGUUCAGCACAAACUGAACAAACCAGUUACUCUGACAAACCUUCACUCAUGGACAUCCUCAUCAAAGUCCUCAAAAAUAAUGUUUUAAUUGAAUGUUUUUAUUAUGUUCCUUUUGUUCUAAACAUGCUAAAUGUUAUCUUUGUGUAUGUAGUCAUUUUAAUUGGCUUUAAAUAAUAUAAUUUUAUGACUUCAGCUCAUUUUCAUAAGUGUGUGAGUGUGUGUUCAACAAUCUGUGUGUUCUAAAAUAUUAGCUCAGUAUAAAAACCAUUACUGUGUGUGUGUGUGUGUGUGUGUGUGUGUGUGUGUGUGUGUGUGUGUGUGUGUGUGUGUUUGUGAUGCUGGCAUAAAAUAACACCUGAUAUAAAUAAUAGAUGUUUGUUCUUGUUGUUUCUCGAAACAUGAAACCUGAAAAGAACCGCUGGUGAAUUACCCAUGAUCCUUCACACGAGCACAUGAUCAGCAGGUGUAAGGGGCCAUUCACACAGAAAGCGUUAGUGCUGAAAAACACGAGACGCUGCAGUGGAAUGGGAAAACAUGCGAGGCCUUUUAAAAAGUUGAGCACUGCAAUUUUAGAACGGUGUUUCAUGUAUGAGACGCUGAAAAAAACGGUCAAGCACAAAACAAUGGAAAGGCAGUGCAGUCGAAUGAAAACAUGUUCUGUGUGAAUCAACCCUAAAAACUCACAUGACUGAUGAUGAUGGUUUAAUAAGUUUUUUGAGUGGAAAGUAAAUCAUGAUGGUCUGAAUGGAUGGAUGAAUGAACGAACAAUUGUUUUUUUGUGCUUUUCGAAGACAUUUAAAGGGUGGGCCAAUGACGUCUUCAUCAGCUUCCUGACAAGAUUAUUAUGAUGAUAGUUCAUCUGUAGAACAGCAUGUUUAAGUAAAUAUGAUGAUGAUUAUGAAGCACACCGGUCAUGUUUCAUGGGAUUGACUUCACUGGAGUUUCUUUAUCCUGGUGAUUUGAUUGGUCACAAGCCGUUUGCUUCGGUCACUGACGCUCACUAAUCAGGUUCACUGGUUUCUUCGGCAAUGCUGUUAUUUUUGUAAUUAAUGUUUGUUUAAUUUUAUGCAUCAGGUUUUGAGGUUAAUAAAUAAAUAAUGACUUGC